AAAUUGAAAACAACCGAAGGUUGACGCUGUUCUCAAUCUCGAUAAAGUAUUUUUGGUUAGGUUAAUAGCUGUGUAGAGGAUAUUUAACAUGAUUUCAGUGAUUAAAUAAAUUUACAUUACAACAAAAUGGAUGUUGCUGGAGAUUUAACACUACAAUGGGUGGAGGAGGUAGGGAAUGUUAUUCACGAAGAGGUAAUAUGUGGUUUAGAGACACAGCUUGUUGGAGCAGAAGAAGAAGUGAUAGGAGCUUGUGAAGAAGUUGCAAUAGAGGAAACAGUAGAAUCAGUUCCCAAUGUUACUCCUACGACAGAAUCAGAAAUACUAAUGGUACCACAGUCCAACGAUAUGGAAUCUAUUUACAUAGUUCCACAAGAUCAAGGUCAUGACUAUUUAAACAUACAGGUUACAGAAGAAGUAAUUGCAGAUAAUUGGGAUAGAUCUGGUCCAGAAGAUGGAGUUGAAAUAUCAGAAACAAAAGUGUCUCACGAAAAUUUACUGGAAUAUGAUGAUAUGGAAAUACCAUUACCAAUUGAUCAAGAUUCAUAUACAAAUAGCAGACCUUAUCCAUGUGAUUUUUGUAGUAGAAGGUUCAGAAAAAAAGCAAAUUUAAUGAAUCAUAUGGUGACACAUCAAACAGAUCGACCUCAUGGUUGUAAUUUAUGUGGAGCACGUUAUGCAAGAAAAUGUGAUUUAAUGAAUCAUUUAAAGAUUCAUGCUUAUGCACCACCAAGAGAUGGUUUAGAAGAUGAUUUAAAUGAUGAUGAUUCAUUGGCACCAGAGGAAGAAGAAUCUACUAAAGGCAGACGUAAAAAGGUACAAUCAAGUAUACCAAGAAAACGUAAAAAUAAUUCAAUUUCAAAACGCAUGGAAGAUAAUAAAAUGGAAAUGGGCAAGUACGUCAAUAAAUCUUAUGAUUAUGUUGACGAAGAUAUGCGUCUUUUGGAGGAAAUGACUAGUAGAAAUUCUGCGCGCAGUGGUAACUAUGCUUCGAGCUCAAGAUGGUCUGAACAAAUGUCACCUGUAUCAACUGAUCCCCAAGCACCACGAUGGCCUAUAACUGAUCCAACAAAACCAUAUGUUUGUCAGUAUUGUGGUGUUGGUUUUGCAAGGGAAAAAGCACUUGCAUCUCAUGCACGUGUACAUGGUGGUGACAGUCCAUUUGAAUGUACAUCAUGUGGUGAUAUGUUUUGGGAUGUUAACAGUUUAAGAGAACAUAUUCGUAUUAAACAUGGUGGCACGGUACAAUCUGAUACAGAAGACUAUGAUAAUGAUGCCACUUAUACAGGAGAUGAAAGAUUUGGGGAAUUUUAUUGUAAUACUUGUGGUGUUCCAUUCCAUCGUUUGGAUUUACUUAAACGUCAUCAGAAGAUUCAUGUCAAACAAGAAGCUGAUAUAGUGGAAGGCCCAAGUCAACAUCAUGUCUGUAAUGUUUGUGGUGAAUGGUUCGAAGAAGCUUUAGCAUUAUUAGCACAUGCUGAACUUCAUGCUAGAUCACCCAGUCGUCGAUGUUUGUUAUGUGGAGAAAGAUGUCGUGAUGAUGCAGAAGUUGCUGAACAUGUUCGGCAAAAUCAUGCUGAAGAUGCUCCACCAAACACAUGUACCCUUUGUGGAAAAACCUGUAAAGAUAAACGCAGCUUAUUAAAGCAUUCGUGGGUUCAUAAUGUUGAUAAAACUUUUGGAUGUACAAAAUGUGGCAAACGUUUUCACAGCAAAGCUAGAUUACGAAGACAUAUGGUAUCGCAUCGCAAUAAAAUGGUAGCUUGUGAUGAAUGCGGAGAAGAAUUUCCUGAUGGUAGAGCUCUUGUUAGCCAUCGACAUUCACAUAAUAAAGAUCUAGGCGGUCGUUCUUUCCCGUGUCGAGAAUGUGGGAAAACAUUCGGCAGCCGUAGUUCUCAACAAAUUCAUAUUCGUAUUCAUACUGGAGAAAGACCAUAUGGUUGUAGAUUUUGUUGGAAAGCAUUUGCUGAUGGUGGUACUUUAAGAAAACACGAACGUAUCCAUACAGGAGAAAAGCCAUACGGAUGCGCGAUUUGCCCACGUGCGUUUAAUCAAAGAGUUGUUCUUAGAGAACAUGUUCGUGCUCAUCAUUCAGGCCCUGAUCCAAAAUGUGUAGGUAGUAUUACACCAUACUUAUGUAAAGUGUGUGGUGAUGCAUAUGCAACAUCGGAAGAAAUAGUUGCUCAUAUUGUGCAACAUUGUGAUGAUAAUACUGCAUUAAGACGUCAACCACAAACUGGACCACGUAAAUAUAAGAGAAGACGUAAACUGAAAACCCAUGAAACCAAUACAAUGCUUCGUAUGACUGAGCAGUAUGAUAUGACGGAAGGAGGUUCUGAUUCAGAUGAUAAUACAAAAAGAAAACUUGGAAGAAAAAAUAAGCAACAUCGAUCAAAUGUUGAAGAAGGUUAUCAGAAUGUUUUGAAAAGUUUUGAAAACUCAUUACAAAAUAUAAAUUCUAUCGUCAGUAACUCAAAAUUAAAUCCAGGAAAAUCGAAGCUUUCUAAAAAAAAGCUUAGGAAAGAAGAAAAAAAAGGUGAAGCUGAAGCUUCAUGUCAACCUGGUAGACCAAAAAUGAUUCACACCCAAAAAACAAGAGUGCCUGUAGAAAUUGGUAGUGACGGAGUUAAAAAGGGACAGAAAACUAAAACAAUGGUAACAAGGACUCCUAAAAUGAUGCCACAAGAACACAAGCUAGGUAUUUUUCCGGGUGGAGAAAGAAACAGACCAAGAACAAAAAACGUUAGUUAUCACAUUGAAGGGAAACUUCAACCAACGCCUGCAACAUUCCCAAAACCAAAGGAAGAACCUUUAUUAUCUCCAGCACCGAUACACCAUCAAACAUUAACCAACAUAAAAAUAGAACCUAAUAUGCAGAAAACAUCAAAUAAUAAUCACAAAAAUAAUAAUGGCAAUAUUCUUACUAUUAAUAAUGAAAAGAUGGAAUCAGCACCUAGAAAAAAAUCAGGUGUCUUGAGAAAAAUUAAAAAACAGAAAGAUGGAAUUAAGCAAGAACCAAUGGAUAUUGACCACGAGCAAAUACAAAACAAUAAUAAUACAGAAAAUAUGGAUUCGGAAAGAUUAAUGGAUCACUCAGUGGAUGGAAGUAAUUUGGAAGUUGCAUUUGAAGCAAGUGUUACAACCGAAGAAGAAAAUAUACUUCCUGAUGUAGGUGAAGUCAAUAAUACUGAAAAUGUGGGAACUGGAAAUGUAAAACUUAGUGUAAAAGUUGAAUCGACACCUCAACGAAUGUUGGCUGUUCAUAGCGUUAUAGCACCUGUGGAUGAUAUUCCAGAAACUAUUAUACCAGAUGCUGUGGAAUAUACAUGCGAAAUGUGUUCCGCAGUAUUUUCCAGCCGAGCAGAAUUGUUGGUCCAUGUUCCAAUACACAUUUGAUUUAAUUUGU